GUGCCUUGAGGACAAUGAAUGGAACUACAGCAGAGCUGGUGAGAGCUUCAUGGUGCUCCAGGACAAGAUCCCAAGAGAAGCCUUCAAAUCGACGCCCUGAAAGGAGCCCCUGGCUCUCUUACUGCUUUUCAUCUCCCUUAUUGUUUCCCUGUCACCAACCCAUAAUCAUACCUCUGACUUUGGUUGGAGGUCUGACCCACCAAGAAUCCAAGGUUAACUUGUAGGCCAAGUGACACAAUCAUCCAAAUGGCCAGUUGUUCUCUGUGUUGUUCCCAUUCAAGACGGCUGCUUUUGUUCACAAUAAAAAGUGACAUUGCAGGUUGCA